UUUGACGCAACCGAGAAUCGCGUACAAUGUUUGACAAAUCGUACAUCCUUUUAUGCUUCUCUGUUUCAGACAUUCGCUCAGCGUCUCUAUAGUCAUGGAUGGUGGAUUAUGUCCAUAUUUGUCGCUCUUUCCACUUUUGGCGGUGUGAACGGAGCUAUGCUUACCACUUCACGUAUCUUUUUUGUCGCUGGAGAGGAGAGUCAAAUGCCACGUAUCAUGGCUUUCCUUCAUAUCCACAAACUCACACCCCUUCCUGCUGUUGUCUUCACUGCAUUCUUCUCUCUUCUGUAUCUCUCAGUCACUGAUUUGUACAAGCUGAUGAAUUACCUCGGCUUUGUUCAGUGGUUUGCCAUUUCUCUCUCGGUUCUCAUCGUCCUCAUUUUCCGUGUGACUCGAAAAAAUGCUAUUCGCCCUGUUAGGGUACCUAUCAUUCUGCCCAUUAUUUAUGUCGGUAUGAGCGCUUUCUUGAUAAUUUUCUCCUUCGUUGGAGCUCCUAUGGAAUCCUUAUACGGUUGUGCAAUCAUUGCCACUGGUAUUCCAGUUUAUCUACUGGGUAUAACCUGGUCGCCGAAACCUAAGUGUUUCCAGAAGAAAGUUGAUGCCAUUACAACUGGAGCUCAAAAAGCUCUGCAGUUGGCACCUCAGAACUAG